AUGGCACUGACCGCAAGAUUGGCAGGAGAGGCUCUCAUGGUUCUGCGAAUUGAACAGUUAUCUAACUACAGGGAUGAAGGAAAAAUAACAAACAAUUUCUCAUGCCCUCUACCCCUUUACUGCACAAAGUGUGUGUGUCUUCCUUCUUCCGGUGUUCCCCCUGCCGCUGGUCAUGGUAUUUGUUGGGCUGGCUUGCGCGGACGACGGGAAACUGGGGACAGCAAAGAAGUAGUUAAGUGA